AUGUACCAGCUGUGUGCGUCCAUCCAGGCUGUGCUCGCACUCUGCGCUUCUGGUCUCAGCACAGGCUGCAUGGUGGACUCUGGUUAUGGUGUUACCCACAGCGUACCAAUCUUUGAAGGCUACUGCUUGCCCCAUGGUGUUCUCCAGCUUGAGCUGGACAGCUCCCUUUUUUACCUUCCUAACGUUGGCAUAGAAUCACCAGGGAUUGGCAAGUUCUGCUCCAACUCUAUCAUGAAAGAAUCAGAAGUUUUCUGUUUGAACAUAAGGCUCCUCCCCUCCUUAAGCGCCUUCCAGCUGACACGGAUUACUGUGAAAGAGUACAGGGAGGCUGAGCCUAAUGUGGUGCACAAAAGACGUUUCUAA